AUGGAGGCUGUUCUGAGCAGGUUGAAGGGGCUGAGUGCUGAUGAACUGCGGGAGGAGUUUGCCCAAGCAAACUUGAAAUGUGGCCCCAUCACUGCUACAACCCGGGCAAUAUUUGAGAGAAAGCUUGCUCGAGCCCUUGCAGGUCCAGAGGCCACAGCUACACCUCCAAUAAGCAGCACAAGUGAAGCUGCUCGAGAGGAGUUGGACUUCGGAUAUGGGAUGGGUCUUAACCCACCAGAAGAAGAGGAGAUCUCUGUGGUGCCCAAUUCAAACGUCUCAGAUCUCUCCCAAUCGAAGUCUCUGUGUGAAACUCCAUCCCGACCUGCACAGACGUCCCCAACAUGCUAUUAUGGGAUAUGCCCACCAUGGGAGGAUGUUUUGGCUCGAAAUGAAAGGGCACAUGUGUACAUAGACAAGAAGGAAGCACUUCAGGCUGUUAAGUUGAUGAAGGGUGCCCGCUUUAAGGCAUUUCCUAAUCGUGAAGAUGCUGAAAAGUUUGCAAAGGGUUUUUGUGACUACUACCCUUCUCCAAGCAAGUCGGCACCAUGUGUUUCACCUGUAAAACCAGGAGCAGCUAUUUGUAAAGAAAAUAUGGAAGUUGAUUCUAUCAACCGGGAAAAGGCCAAUAGCUACAAGAGUCCACGCACGCAGGACUUGACGGCCAAAUUAAGGAAGGCUGUGGAGAAGGGCGAUGAAUCUGCCUUCCGCGAUCUGGUUUUGAGCAACCCCCGUUAUCUCAUUGGUUCAGGGGAUAAUCCAACUAUAGUGCAGGAAGGUUGCCGGUACAAUGUGAUGCAUGUGGCAGCAAAGGAAAACCAAGCAGGGAUCAGCCAGCUGCUCUUGGACAUUUUAGAGAACCCAGAGUUCAUGCGCCUUAUGUACCCAGAUGACCAGGAAUCAAUGUUACAGAAACGUAUCUGCUACAUUGUAGAUCUUUACCUCAAUACUCCUGAUAAAGCUGGAUUUGAAACUCCUCUUCACUUUGCCUGUAAGUUUGGGUGCCCUGAGGUUGUCAACGUUCUGUGUUCACAUCCGGACAUUGAUAAAAACUGCAAAAACAAGGAUGGCCAGAGGCCCUCUGAUGUUAUUUGUAGCCGAAAAAACAAAACGCCGGAGAUUAAGCAGAAGAUUAUUGAAUACUUGGAAGAUCGCUGCUAUAUUCCUUUGCUGAGGGCAACAGAUAACACAUCUCAACCUAUUAUUGGUACUCCGUGGUCACCUGAAUCGUCCGAAAGUCUCUCUUUGAUCCAUCGUCACAUGAGAAGUCCCAAGGAUCCUAUGAUGACCGUAACAGCUUUUGCUGGACCUUUGAGCCCGUCAAAGGCAGAUUCCUUCAGACGGUCUUGGAAAACACCGCCUCGAGAACGUGUCAACAUCCUCAAGUCUGACCCAGAACGUGGAGCAGAGAAAGUGGGAAGAGACCUGGCUCAUGAAAUGGGCCAUCCCUGGACGGAGUACUGGGACUUUCUAGACAGUUUUGUGGAUUUGUCAUCAGCAGAAGGUUUACGUAAACUUGAAGAAUACUUGGGAAAAAAGGAUUUCAACUAUCGGGUUUAUGAUAAGGCUGGUGAAAAUGAGACGUGUAAUAAAUUUAGGACCCCCUCUCCAGGUAAAGUCAAGAAGUUUUGCAACUCAAUCUCUGUGGGUGCUUUCUUGGAUGAAGGAGAUGACAUCAGCCUUGAAGAAAUAAAGAACCGGCAGAAUGCAGCACUUACCAGCAUCACUUCGUCCGCUGCAGCCAAAGACGGGCUCAAGGGGGCGAUGGGAGGCCACGACUUUCACAUCCUACCCAGACCGGAUCUGAUCGAAACAGCCGCUGAGCAGGACGUGCUCUGUCGCUGCGACGACAGCCUUCUGUCGCCCAGCACAGCCUGUAAAAAUGGCAUGUGCUCCUCCUCUAGAAAUAGGACUCUCAACGGAGACAAUGUGUCCCUGCGCACCUCCCCUUCCUCCUGUCUCCUGUCCCCCAUCUCCAACCUGAUGGCGGAGUUUGAGCGCAUGUCCCUUCAGGAGUCCAUAGAUGCCUCCACAGGCUGUAGGGAGAGGAGGAGCAGCGGAGGCAGGAGCAGAGAUCCACACAGUUUCUCCUCGUCUGCAGACCUGAGCUCCGGGCUGCACCGCCUCUCUCUCGGCCCCAAACAGGAUGGUGAGUGUGUAGAGGGGCCCAGCUGGACUUCAGAGGAGCGCCGCAGCAGUGGCAGCUCAGAGGAGUUCUUUGAGGCAGAGGAGAACCUGGAUUUUCUCGGCAGGACUAGAGAGUCAUUUCCAGGGGCGCGUAAUUUCUGUGCCAGGUCAAAGUCAUGGGACCACGGAGGGAGGGACCUGAGCAGCUCCGGCUCCUCCGGCUCGUCAUACAAGUCUCUGGACAACUCUCAUGAAUUUUUACCGCGAACACCACCACCCAUAAAAAAAGGACUUUUCAUUGAAGGAUAUUCACCUACAAAGGUGGAUAGUCAAGUUUUGUCGGCCAUUGAAGGCCUGGACAUCGAUCCUCAAAAGUACCCCAGCAUUCAUAAGUGGAAGAGCACAAUGAAGUUAUUUUCUAUUUCAGAAAUGCAGAGGUGGCCCAGUCCCGCUGUGGUGAAGCCGCGUCUCAGGAUGCCCCAAACCCCCGGCUCUCCAGUGAGUAGCCUGAUGUCUCCGUCUCGACACGUGGCCUCCCCAGACUUCAGCCCCAGCCGGUACAGCCCUGCCAGUGCUAGCUUCAUCCAGAGAAUCCGCCUCAAGCACUUAAACGACCCAUCGGUAUAA